AUUGGCAUACCAUAGACAUACGGUAGUCCUACCUGUAGAUUCUCCACAGGCCAGAUGGUAGCAGUGAAUCUUUCACUAACGUUAAAAAGAAUCUUGAUCCUUUAAAGCAAAAUGCAGAGAUGGAGACCAUGAACCCACUGCAGUUGUCAGGUCCUGACCAAAUUGGAACCACCGGCCAACCACAAAUCAAGCAAGAAGUGGGAAUGAAUGAGUUACAUUCCCAAUCAGAUUCAAUAUUCUCAGGAAACAUAAGCCCAAUGCAAGAGACUUUAAUCUUGAUGCAGUCUUCGAAUUCUGGGGAAAUAGCAACUUUACAACUGCAAAUCAAACAAGAAGUGGAGAACAAUGAUUCACAAUCAGAUUCAAUGUUUUCAGGAAACAGCCCACAGGAAGAAAAAGAGACUCUAACCCCAAUGCAGACUUCAAUUCCUAGGGGUAUAGGAACUGUCCAACUACAAAUCAAACAAGAAUUGGAGAACAGUGACCUAAAUUCCCAAUCAGGUUCAUUAUAUUCAGGAAACACAAGCCCAGAACAAGAGAUAGAGACUCCAACCCUUACACAGUCCUCAAAUCCUGGGGAAAUAGGAACUUUACAACCACAAGUCAAACAAGAAUUGGAGAACAGUGACUCCCAACCAGAAGCCUUGUUUUCAUCAGUCACCGUUCAAUUCAUCCUCCAGGAAGAGGAGUCAGCCACGCCAUCGUCUGCUGGUGAGAAUAGUUUGGACAUCCCCCAUCCUCCGACGUUCACCAUCAAGACAGAACCGGAAGAUGAACAGAAUGAAGUUGAUAUUGAUCUACAAAAACAAGAAGGAGAUAUCUGUGACAAUGGACAUCAAUUGGAAGGACAAUCUACUUUGAUAAGUGGUGCAAGUGAAUCUCAAUAUGAAGUACAUCCUAGAGAAAGACUACAUCAAUCUCCAAGAUCCAAUGAAAGCACAUGUUCCCUUCCACAAACCAAUUUACACACAGGAGGAAAGCUGCAUGGAUGUACUUUCUGUGAGAAAGGAUUUUCACAGAAGACAGAUCUUGAAUGCCAUCUUUUGACUCAUAAAGGAGACAAACAAUUUGACUGUUCAUUUUGUAAAGAAAGAUUUUCAUUGAUAAGUUCUUUGAAAAUUCACCUCCGAACUCACAAAGGAGAAAAACGUUCUGAAUGUUCACGUUGUGAAAAAUUUUCACAAAAGAGUACUCUAAAAACUCCUAUGUUAACACGCACAGGAGAAGCUCCUCAUGAAUGUUCACAUUGUGGAAAGAAAUUUCCAUAUAGGAGUACCCUCAACAAUCAUCUGCUCACACAUAGAGGCGAAAAACCUUUUGAAUGUGAAAUCUGUGAAAAGAAAUUUGCACAAAGGAGUACUCUCAACAACCAUCUCCUUACACACACAGGAGAAAAACCUUAUGAAUGUUCAUAUUGUGAAAAGAAAUUUUCACGAAUGGGUACUCUCAAUAAUCAUCUGUUGACCCACACAGGCGAAAAACCUUUUGUAUGCGAAAACUGCAAAAAGAAAUUCACACUCAGGAGUACUCUCAAGAAGCAUCUCCUAACACACACAGGAGAAAAACCUUAUGAAUGUUCUCAUUGUGAAAAGAAAUUUCCACAUAAGAGCACCCUCAAUAAUCACAUGCUAACACAUACAGGCAAAAAACCUUUUGAAUGUGAAAACUGUGGAAAGAAAUUCACACUUAGGAGUACUCUCAACAACCAUCUCCUAACACACACAGGAGAAAAACCUUAUGAAUGUUCUCAUUGUGAAAAGAAAUUUUCACAAAUGAGUGCUCUCAAUGGUCAUCUACUAACACAUACAGGUGAAAAGCCUUUUGAAUGUGAAACUUGUGAAAAGAGAUUCACACAGAAGGGUAACUUACACAGACAUUUCCUAUCACAUACAGGUGAAAAACCUUAUGAAUGCUCAUAUUGUGAAAAGAACUUUCACGAAUGAGUAACUUAAAUAGACAUCUUCUGACACACGAGUAAAUUCUAAAUGAAUGUUCACUUGAAAAGAAAU